AUGGUUCAGAACAGUCAAAGAACUAUGGCCUUGUUGGCUACCUUCCUAGUCUUAUUCAACAUUUUAGGGGAAGAAGACAAGAAGGCAAGAAGACAGAAGGCUGCAGGCAAGAAGGCAAGAAGGCAAGAGGACAAGAAGCAAAAACAAGAAGCAAGGAGAGCAGGAAGCCAAGACGGGCAAGAAGACAAGAAGGCCCAAGACGACAAGAGGGCAGAAGGCAGGAAGACAGGAAGGCAAGAGGCAAGAAGACAAGAGUGCAAGAAGACAAGAAAGCAGAAAACAAGAAGGCAGGAAGCAAGAAGGCAAGAGGAGAACAAGAGCCAAGAAGGCAAAGGAGGAGGAAGCAAGAAGACAAGAAACAAGAAGGCAGGAAGACAGGAAGGGGCAAUAAGACAAGAAGGCAUAAGAAACAAGAAGUCAGGAAAAACAAGAAGGCAGGAAGACAAAAAGCUUAAAAAGGCAAGAAGACAGAAGACAGAAGGUAUAAUGGCAAGAAGCAAGAAGAACAAGAAGGCAGUAGUUUUGCUGCCUAUAUCUUGUGUAGUGGAAGGGUGA